AAUCGAUGGUAGCGAGGAGCGAAUCGAUGAGCGCUUGUCGAUUGUAUCGAACAAACAUUGAUUCUAGUUCCAGCCCUAUUUUUUGUGCAAUUAUUUAUUAAAAAUAAGCAACGACGUGAGCCCACGACACGACCCACGAACGAAGGCAACGAAAUGGCAACGCGCGGCGGACCUAUGGUCGCGGGCACCGAUGGCAACGACUUCGAGUUCAGGCAGCGCGUAGCUGGCACAUAUCAAAUUAGCCUGCUGAACAAGUCCAGGUUGAAGUACUGCAUCUUCUUUCACGCCCUGCUCUUCUUCGUGAUGCUGGCCAAGCUCACGUCGGACAUCCUGGACCGCCUGGAUAUCUUCGUGCUGGAGAUCGAGGAGCUGGAAGUCCCACCGCCCCUGUGGUGGGAGUACGUGUGGGCCGCGUCGUUGCUCACCUCCUUCCUGGGCCUUUCGGCCGCCAGGGGCAACAAGGUGCGCGAAAUGCAAAAGUAUAUGGUGGCCAUCCUGCUAUUCUCCAUCCUACCGCUCUUUUACUGCUUCGCCUACUACUUCUCGGACGUGUGGGAGUUCGCCACGCUGGACAAGUCGGUGGAGCUGGACGAGACAGACAUCUUUGUGUGGCGCGGCUACCCUUACGGCGUCUUCUGGUACGCCUUCUGCUUCGUGGGCUUUCAGGUGCACGGAUUUACGCUGUACUUCGCCUACAACCUAGUCAAGGCCUGGAAGGCCAGAACUGCCACGCGCAAGUUCCAGUAAUCUAAAUACUCGCCAAACUAGUAAACGCCGGAAAGCAGGGCUAGUUGUAAAUAAUUUGGAAACAUGAAACUAACUCAAAACACUAGUGCACAAAAGCGUUAUGAAACUAUGGUAAAUCUAAAGUUAUGCAGCUGUUAAGGUAUCGCACACUUAGUCAUACAGGAAGGGAAACAUAUGGUCGAAACUUAACCAAGCGUCGGCGGUAAAGUUAUUGUUAGUUGAAAGUUAAACCGUUCAAAUUGAUUAAAUAGACUCUUAUCCAUAUACACAAAGACAUAUAUACACACACGCAGCCUUGUGAGGUCAACUAAAGACAAGAAGCAACUGAAGCCACCAAAUUUCCCCGAGUCGGAAUAAAAACUGAAAAGCAACCUAGAGAUCACUUCAUUUUUGCUCACUUACAUUUCGACGUGCCUCGUGUUUGUUAGAAACGUUUUAUAUAUAUUUACACAUGAAAAUAUGCGUACAUCAGUCUAUGUUUACGUCCGCGGAUGGUUACUUCCUCGCUUAGUUGAUAAUUAGUUCACUUUUCUACAAAUUUCGAAACCGUUUCAUUUUUGCAAGUACAUUAAUUUUGAAUUUUAUUCAUCGAACUGCGCAGUGCCAUGCUGUGAGUCGGGUGGCGAACGUUUGAAAACUGCCCCAAACUAUUUACAACUUUCUGUCACUGUUUACACACUACAAUAAAUAAGGAUUCAAAUGCAAUUUGAGUGUUAAAGCAAAGUCUUUCAAUUUCUGAUCGUCAAUAAUACUGUGUAAUGACGGGCAUGUCGCCAAACUAAACUGAGAAUUGAAUUUUAAUGUAAUACGUUUUUUAAAUCGUAAUUUAUUAUUCGAAUUUUUAAGUAGUUUUUUAAAAAUCGAUCAAUAAAGAUGCAUAUAUAUUUGUU